CGGCAAGGGAAGGAACGAGGACAGAAAAGUGUGGGACACAGAGAGAGAGACAGAUGACCUCUUCCCAGCCCGCUUCACUAGGGAGCGAGGGGGACAUUGAUGACGCCGGAGAAGCCUUUGAAUUUGAAGAUAGCGAAGAAGAUGAUCCGAUCCGCCUUGUGGUGAGCAAUGCCAGGACCGAGCUGGGCACCAAGGGGGCACUGCAGGACCCACCCCUCAGGCGAAGGUCGAGCAUCAGCGAAGACCUGGAACCGUUGGGCGGCUGGGACGCGGAAGAGGCACUCCUGGAGGACCGUGUCCCCUUGACGCCCUCUGACUCCAGCGCCCACCUUGAUUGCCGAGAUCCACCGGCUCAGGCUGAAUCGGUGGGGCCGGUGAGCAAUGGAGAUUUUUCCCAGGCGGGGACACGAAUUUACACCUGGAAGCGAAGACAUUCAUCUCAAGGUGAUCGGUUUACCUUCCCGUCUGUUGACGAUGAAGUGAUUUACGAUGAUGUUCCUUACGAAAAAGCCAAUUUACAGCACUGUGAUUCAGAGAGAAGUUUAAUUUACGAAGAUGUCCCUCACGCCAAGCUCGGCUCCCAGGAGCCUGAAGAUUUAGGCUGGAGCUCCAGCGAAUUCGAAAGCUACAGCGAAGACUCGGCCGACGAAAGCAAAGCCCAUGCGGCUCACGCCAAACCCAAAGUUUCCUUCCAGCCGAAGAUGACCCAGUUUAUGAAAGCAGCGAAAAGCGGCACGAAGGAUGGUUUGGAAAAGACCAAAAUUGCUGUCAUGCGGACUUUCCUGCAUAAGAAAGAUAUUCCAGGGGACUCCGAAGAAGAAGAUGUGGGAUUCUUGGAGGUACCAGUUUCAGAGGCCAAACAGCUGCCGGAGUUGGGCCCGAUGCCCGAAGGGUUAAGCUCACAGCAGGUCAUACGACGUCACAUCCUGGGCUCCAUUGUGCAGAGCGAGAGGAGCUAUGUGGACUCGCUGAGGCGCAUUUUACAGGAUUAUAGGAACCCCUUGAUGGAGAUGGAGCCCAAAGUCCUCAGUGCCAGGAAAUGCCAAGUAGUCUUCUUCCGGGUCAAAGAGAUCCUCCAAUGCCACUCCAUGUUCCAAAUCGCCUUGUCUUCACGGGUGGUUGAGUGGGACUCCAUGGAGAAGAUUGGCGACCUUUUCGUGGCCUCGUUCUCCAAGUCCAUGGUCUUGGAUGUGUACAGUGAAUACGUCAACAACUUCACCAGUGCCAUGUCCUUAAUCAAGAAGGCGUGCUUGACCAAACCAGCUUUCUUGGAGUUCCUCAAGAAGAAACAGAUGGCCAGCCUUGACCGAGUCACUCUCUACGGCUUGAUGGUGAAGCCCAUACAAAGGUUCCCCCAGUUUAUCCUCCUACUCCAGGAUAUGCUGAAGAACACCCCAAAAGGACACGCUGACCGCUUGUCCCUCCAGCUCGCCCUAACAGAACUGGAGACCUUGGCUGAGAAGCUCAAUGAGCAGAAGAGGUUGGCUGACCAGGUGGCUGAGAUCCAGCAGCUGACCAAGAGCGUCAGUGACCGCAGCCAUCUCCAUAAGUUGUUAAAUUCGGGGCAACGGCACCUGUUAUUCUGUGAGACCCUGACAGAGACGGUUUAUGGCGACCGAGGUCAACUAAUCAAAUCCAAGGAACGCAAGGUGUUUCUUUUGAAUGACGUCUUAGUGUGCGCCAACAUCAACUUCAAGCCUGUGAACACUGGGGGGCAGCUUGAGAUCAGCAGUCUGGUCCCUCUGGGGCCCAAGUACAUCGUGAAGUGGAACGCGGCCUUGCCCCAGGUUCAGGUCCUAGAAGUGGGCCAGGAGAGCAGCGCCAAGGAGAAAGACGGAAUCGCCAUCCCAAAUGUGGGCUCCAAGAAACCAGCCCCACCCAGCCAGUCUGGCCAUAAUAAAGUUUAUUUGGGACCUCCUCGCCUGUUCCAGGAUCUGCAGGAUCUGCAAAAGGACCUGGCUGUGGUGCAGCAGAUUACUCUUUUAAUCAGUACCCUCCAUGGCACCUACCAGAACCUGAACAUGACGGUGGCCCAAGAUUGGUGCUUAGCUUUGCAGAGGAUGAUGAGGGUGAAGGAAGAGGAGAUCCACUCGGCCAACAAAUGCCGCCUCCGCCUCUUACUUCCUGGGAAGCCCGACAAGUCUGGUCGUCCCGUCAGCGUCAUGGUGGUGUUCAUCACACCAAACCCACUCAGCAAAAUUUCCUGGGUGAAUCAUUUGCACUUGGCCAAGAUUGCCCUCCGUGAGUAAAAACGCCUUCGCCUCCUUGUUCCUUGAUCCGUUGCUUCUUCAUAACGGUGUGCGGUUAGUCCUCGACUUAUAACCGUUCGUUUAGUGGCAGAGUUACAGUUGCCUUGGGGGAAAAAAAAAGUGACUCGGGGCAGGACCCAAUCUGAGCCGGUCACCGGGACUCCCGUGAUAAAAGGGCGAGGGAUUUUCAUAAAGUGACUUACGACAGUCCUCGCACUUACAACCCUGCAGCACACCCCCACCAACGGUCGUGUGGUCAAAAUUCAGGUGCUUGGGCCACUGACAUGGACUUACGAUAGUUGCAGUAUCAGAAAUGGCAGCUUCUGACAAGCAGCGACAGGAUGCUUGAAAUUGUUUUAACAACUGCCUGAUUCACUUUGACAACUGAAUCAAACUAUGUUUUUAAGCUGCCUAGUGUUGCCUUUGGUGAAAUGGGCAGCAUAAAAUUGAAUGAAUGAAUA